ACUAUUCAUAUUUAGUUUAAAGUGCCCAGAAGAUCAUCCGAGCAAAUCUCUCAUAAUAGACCCAGGUGAUUUAAGCUAUGUUGAAUACGGUGUCUUUACUAAGUAAGGAAGAACUCCAUAAAAUCCUUAAAUUUGAAGAGAAGAAGCUCCCUUUGCCUCCAUUACAUGUGGUGAAACUUAUGGACAAAUACAAUCUCAAAACCACCACGGAUAUCCGUUCAGCUUUGAAGAGAAAUCACAUUCUUAAAUAUAACCCAGAUAAAUACAUAGAUUGGAUCAUUUACACAGUAUACGGUUUAUUACGCGAAUACGAAAUUGGGAAUAAUUUUUGAUGUGUCUGGUGCAAUCACGACGA